AUGACGACGAGAGCGCAGAAAAGACGGAUUGGGGUGAGAGAUGUGUGGGAUUUGAUCGUGAAUAACGACGAUGUGAGUUUCAAACACAUUCUUCCGAGAUUGAAUGGGACUGAUGUGAAAUUCUUGUAUGGAGUGAAUAGUGAAACGAGAAAGUUGAUUGAGAGAUCCUCUCGCGCGGGUGAUUUGAAGAAGAAGUUUAAAGUGUACGAGAUGGCAUCGAUAUCGACUUUGGAGUUUGCGUGGGAGAAUCGAUCGUUGUGGUCGGGAUUAUUAUACUUGUACGACGAAAGAUCUUUCUGCGAGAAAGUUGCUCACACGAAUAAACUCGAGUUGCUCAAGUGGGCGCGAGAGGAGAAAAAGUGUGAGUGGGAUUAUACAACGAUUAAUGCGACUGCAUACCAAGGUAAUCUGGAAAUAAUAAAGUAUUGCGUUGCAAAUGAGUGUCCUAUCGAUGAGUGGGCGUGUGCAGAAGCUGCCGGAAACGGUCAUCUCGAGUGCCUCAAAUACUUACGCGAAGAAGCCAAAGUGCCUUGGGAUUCGGAAACUGCCAAUUGCGCGGCUAUAUUUAGUCAUCUUCACAUACUCGAAUAUCUUGUUGAGCGUAAGUAUGAUAAAUAUGACGAGUAUGCGUGUGAGUUUGCGGCCACUCACGGCCACUUGGACUGUUUGAAGUACUUGCACGAAACCGCCAAAGCGCCUUGGGACUCUGACGCCGUAUGGGAAGCGCACAAGAACGACCAAACCGAGUGUUUACAAUACCUUCUCGACAAUAAUUGUCCUCUCCCACGCGGUUGGCGAUACGAGGACGGAGAGUUAUAUUCAGAUUCAGAAUCAGAAACAGAGCAAUCACUUUUACGCGGAUGGAUGUUUUAG